UAUCGUGAACGAGGCAACACCGGAAAGAGGUUCCAAAGAUGGAGGACGGAGAAGGCAUGGUGAAAGUACCUUCCACUCUUCUAAGCCAGUCUUUAAGUGUAAUUACCGACGACAAAGUUCUCUGUGCUAAUUUAAGUUUAUUUUCUGAUUUGCCCAGCAGCAUUGUCAAAAAAAUUGCACAUAAUGUAUCUGCCUAUGGACUAUGCCUUCUUGAAUCAAAAGGAUUUCUAAAAGCUAUUGAAAAGGAGAGGCUUUGGAAAACUUUAGCUUCUAGAAUAGCUAACAAGUUCUAUGAGCCAGGGUCACAAGGAGAUACCACUGGAAGAAGCACUCAACAAAUAUAUUUCCAAAGAGUUUUUCAUGAUGUGGUGCAGCAUUUUGAUAAAAAUGAGGAUCUUUUUGUGAAGUGGUUUGAUUGUUACAUAAAGAAGUCAAGAUUGUUUUCAAAGAUACACAAAGAAUCAUUCACUGAUACCCUGAAAAGUUUGAAUACACUGCUUCAAGAUCACCUCAAAAUUAUACGAUUUUAUCCAAGAAUUUUACAAAAUCUUGAAUACAUGAUAACUUUGCAUGAAGAACUGCAGAAGUCAACCUCAAAAGUUAAUCAUAUAGAAUUGCGUGAUUUUAUGAGCUUCAAGCAAUGCCAUAUAUCAUGUGUUAGAAAUGUAUUAUGUACAAAGUUUUUCCCAGAUUUGAAGGGUUUAACGUUUUUGAAUUGCAAGUUUGGUGCCCUGUCUAUGGAAAACUUUCAUGAAUUGUUACUUGAUGACCAUACCAAAAAUAGAACUAUCACAAGCAAUGAAUUGAAAAGGGAAAGGAACAUAGAACCAGAAGAAUAUAUUGAAGGAGAUAGCUUUGCAACCCCAAAGAAGCAGAAAAAAUUCAAUGAAACUUUGGAUGGAGCUACAUAUUCCAUAAAUGGCAGCAUCAGAAAGACUUAUCCUUCUUGUGACUUCAUAAAUGGCACUAAAAACGAAAUAAUACACUGUAAUACAGAUGGUAAAAUUGCCCCAUGCAUCACAAGUUUAAGCUUAAGAAAUUGUCAUGCAUCAACUGAAGCAAUGGAUAUUAUUUGUGACAUAGUGAACAAAUUGCCUAGGUUGACAUCAUUUGCAUUGUCUCCAGAAUGGAGACUUUUGAUUAGAGAAUCUGAUCAAAUCAUAAAAGCAAUACUUUUAAACUCUGCUAAUAACAACUGUAUUGAAAGCAUAAUAUUAGAAAAUUGUAUGCCAGGGUGCCAAUCUAAAAGGCUCUUAUUGUGGCAUAAAAGAGAACAAUGUAGCAAACGAAACACUACAGCAGUGCCAAAGCCCAGAACACUCAAAUUGAUUGACUGCAAUUUGAAUUCAUCACAAGUACCCUGUCAUAACUCUAUCAGUUUUGCAGAAAAUGGUCUUAACAACAGUACAGAAUUUAGGUGGUGCUUUGACUCAGAGCUCAAUUGUGCUUGCAACUGGAGUGACUUGAUAACCUUGGAUUUGAGUGAAAACAAAUUUGGGUCCACUGAUGCAGAGGCUCUUGCACAAGCCUUAAAAUCCUCUUUGGUCUUAAAGUCCAUCAAGCUGGCAGACUGUGGCAUGGAUACCUCUGGUUGCAGUUUCAUUUUCAAAAUGGCAAAGGAAAGUAUUUCAUUGGAGCAUCUUGACAUGUCUGGUAACAGUUAUGAUAGCUGCAGUGAUGACAGUUUAAGGAGCCUAUUUGUUCAUGGGAAACUGAAAAAUCUGAAACUUGCAUGUUGCAUUGGACCUGGUGCCUUCACUGAAGAAACAAUGAGGUCGUUUUCUAGAAAUUCAACUCUAGAGGCACUUUGUUUGUCUGGAAACAGAAUUGGUGAAGGAGAGUUUGGUCUUUUUAUCGAAGUUCUUGCAGAUCCAUCAGCACUUUCAGCUUUGAAGGUCCUUGAUCUGAGCUGCAACAAAAUUCCAGGAUCACUACUUCCAAGUUUUGCAAAUUCUCUAGAAUUGUCAAACAGGAAGAUGAAAGAAGUCAAAUUGACUGAUAAUCCAGUUCACUACUAUCUGGUUCAGAAAAAAGAAAACUCUAAUUUUGCAUUUUUUGAUAGAAUUAAGAAAAGGGUAGCAUCUUUCAAAAUUGAUAGCUUCAAACAAUAUAUAUCACAUGCAGGAGCUGUUCCAUUUUCAGAUUUUGCAAGUGUUAUGUGAAUUAUGUAAAUUUUACUGGUUUUACAUAUAUUCCUUAAAAAUUAUCCAAUAACUGCAUAAUUUGAUAAUACAACAAUGACGCAUACACAUACCAAGAAAUGGUUUUCUUUCUCGUUAUCUGAAGCUUUCAUUAGCCAAAAGCUUGUUAAGAAAUGUAAAACUUUGACAAACUACUAAUGAAAUGUAUAGAUGACUCUUCAGUACUUGCAUUUUGAGAUUCAAACUUUAAAAACAUGAUUUAAAAGGUUGAAUUAAAACCCCUUCUUGUUGGCUGAAUUUUAUCAUCUUCCUUUAAAGCAUUUCUCCACAUUAAAUUAUGCAAGAUUUUUUGCUAAAUGGCAACAUAAGGGAUAAGUCAAACUUAAGAUUUUGACUAUAAUCAUAAAAUCAAAGCCAAUAAAAAAGUAUUCAUAAUGUAACCUUAAGUCUUUUGGGAGUUCUUCUUAGUCUUUCUUCAAUGCAGAUCUCUGUUUACGUGUCCCAAGUUUUCUUUCUCUCAGAAUAAGCAGAUGCUUCAUCAUGUAUGCUCCCCC